AUGACUUCUUGGUGGAAAAAGUCGAUCUUCAUCGCUCUCAUCGUUGCGAUCGCCAUUCCAACUUCGUUGGCCCACAAACGACGAUCCCGAAGAUGGGAUGACUCAAACUCAGACGAUGCGGAACAGUACUUGAGAGAUCUUUGCUCUGAAACCGAUAGAUCAGACGCGUGUUUUAACAUCGUUAAAUCGGAAUUACACCGAUUUAACCACAUUAUUGGAGACAUCAAUGACAAAAUAAUCGACUUGGCCUUGGAAAAAUCCAAGGAAUUCCGAGAUCAGCUCAAACAGUGGCACAAAGACUCCAACGACGAGAGAUUGAAGAAGAAGUAUCGUUCGUGCUCCUCCAAUUACAACGACAUCAAUCGCGACCUCCAAGAGCUGCAGAGGAAUUUAGAUUCUGAUGAUGAUCGAAAAACUUCUGAUCUCAUCAAGGAUAUUGAGCACGAAUUGGAUGAGUGCAAGCGGGAAUUCGGGCGGGGUUCAUUCGACCCUGGCCAUGUUGAGGACCGGAACAAUGAACUCGGAAUUUAUUUUGACCUUGUUAGGGUCGCAAUUGACCGUUUGGAAGAUUUCUACAAGGAGACAAAUCACCAAUAA